CGGCAAGAAGAAUAGUCUUGUCUAUGGGGAGCUUAAGCAUACUGUGCUGUUUCAUUCUCUAUUUUCACCACCUUUCAGCAUAUGUAAUUGUAAAGAGUAGCUAUAACAAUAACAUCUCCGGUGUAUUGCGAAAACAGAUUGUUGGAUAAACUGGAUAACAGUUAUUAUUAUAGUGUUUCCCCCACAGAAAGAUUUAGCCCACACAACCGCCCAAGACAUCCACCUUUCUAUUUGCCCUUUAUUCAAAAUGCCAAAUCUCAACGCGCUGAAGCAGGAAAUACAUAUAUAUGCUUCCUUGGAAACGGGGGCGGCCACGGCUUCUUUCCCCUCCGUAUGCUCCCACAGAAUGACAUAUGUAGGGGGGAACGGCCAAGCAGCUCACGCAUACAAGGAGCUGUCCUACCGGCACGGUGCUGAUUAUUGUGAGUCGCACAUAACACACGCACACCUGGCGCUACUGAAAGCUUCGCUCCCCCCCCCCCCAUCACAGCUGCUCUUAUCAGAAGAAUGGAAAGAGACGUGCAGGCCGAGGGCUGACAGAGAUGCUGCAGUAACAGAAGGGGGAAGGCCGUUCGGUUCCAAACUGUCACGCUAUGCUCUGGCCGCGGGCUGAGUACAGGCCAGUCACCCAUUAUUAUUGCAUCCUGGCACAGCACAAAAGUCUUCGAACACAUUGAGGCUCCAGGGGUGUCUGUAAGCCCUUUUCUUUGAGACUGGACUCCUGGAAUAUUGCAGUUUUCACAGUGAGAGUAAUCUUGUGGGCGGCCAUUAUGCUCUGCCUGUUUCCAGUUCGCCUGACGUGCCCGGUACUAGCUGUCGGCCCGCUUAUCCCCUGCGUCGCCUUAUUCGCCUUACUCAUCUGCUUUCCAACGGGGGAAUGCAGGAAAGGGUCACCGGAAUCGCCUGCUCCUCAACUAACCGAUCUCAGGUCCCAGAUCACCGGGGUGGAGGAGUUGCUGGAAGAGUUCCGCAAACAGCUACAGCAGCAGAGACACCCAGAGCAACCUGAAAAGCAGAGACUGCGACCUCUUCCAGUUCAGGGAGAAGAGAAGGAAUGGAGCAGUGAGCACAGGCUGACUCCUACUAGUGCUAGUCAGAGGGAUGCAGGGGAAGAGGACGCCAUGCAACAGCAGCUUCAAGAAGUGGGCGUUAGACCUGGAGGGGAAUUUGGGGAGGAUUUUUGCAACUUUAACCAGAUGGAAGACUACAUCAUCCGCACCAAGGACUCGCUGGAGGCCGGCGCCACCUUCCUAAAGGUCCCGGCCGAGGUGUCCAGCUGGAAGCAGUGCCUGGAAGUGUGCUGUGCUGAGGCGCGCUGCUCGGCAGCUGUGGUGGAACAAUCAGGACAAGACCUCAGCUGCUUUAUCUUUGAUUGCACUCUUCGUGGGCGCAGCGUGUGCCAGUUCUCUCCACACAGGGACUACAGCAGCUACACUCUGACUGGUCGUAAUGCCUCUUCUGGCUGGGCACUUAGGAGUCCCCUGUACCUACUGACUAAACAGCAAGAAAAUGAUGAGCCUCCUCAUAGCAAUGCAGGACAAGAUGUGGUGCUUCAGCUGCCAGUCGACUGGGUUAUUCUUGAUGGCCGUGAAAGUAGUGAUGACCAUGCCAUCAUUCGAUAUGAUUGGACUUUGCUUCUGGGUGAUCCACUAGUUCACAUGAAGAAUGUUAUUCUUCCGGCGCCUCUGCAAUUUUCGCGACUUUCGGCGCAUGCGCAGUUGUCGCAAAAUGGAAAAUUGCUCCAACUGCAUAUGCGCCGAUAUGCUGCUCUUUUCCUGAAGAUUAAAGAAGAGCAUAAGAUGGCGCUCGUGAACUCCAAUGCCCUGAAUCUGCACCAAGGGGUACCCCAUCCAGGGACUCUAAAAUUGUCUCAUUUACAAGAAGGGGUCUAUACUAUGCAGUUGACUGUGACUGACACAUCAGGUCAGAAGAACUCAGACAAUGUUUCUGUCAGUGUCCUUGCUGAGGAACCGCAUGGAACAGAAUGUACUGGAAAGUGCUCUCGUUACCAGUUUAUCUGUGAUGAUGGCUGCUGUAUUGAUAUUACAUUGGCCUGUGAUAGAGUGAUCCAGUGUCCUGAUGGUUCUGACGAAGCUUUCUGUCAAAACUUUAACUCUGGACGGAAGACUGUAAUUCAUAUUUCUGAAAGUACAGACAAGCAUACAGGAACUGGAGUGGAACAAGAAAUUAGGGAAUACUUUCCAACAGAAAAUGUCAGAACUGCUGAGAAAAAAAUGUCAUUGUCACUGGACAUGGGAAAAAAUUAUUCACUUACUCAGGAACUGCGGCACAAUAUGCUUAUUCAAGACAAAGAUGGAGAGGGCAGGGAAAACUUCUUAAACUUAAAAGAUGUUCCGCAAGGAAGUGGGCAUCCAGUCCCAGAGACGGGAGCAGUCUUGCCACUUGCACUUGGUCUGGCAAUCACUGCACUGCUCUUGUUGAUGGUGGUGUGCCGUCUUCAGCUGGUGAAACAAAAACUCAAAAAAGCCCGACCACUGACAUCAGAAGAGUCAGACUAUCUUAUUAAUGGCAUGUAUCUGUAGUAUUAUAGGGCAUGCCCUCUUUUCUUCUAUGUUCCAUACAAAUGACUAAUUAACUUCAUCUACUUUGACACAAAAAAUGAUGCUUGUACUAAUAAAAUGGAACAAACAGGA